AUGGCUCAACUCCCUAUUUACGAGAACAAGUUCCUCCAGAAAUUUUCUCUGAAAGGACGAACGAUCGUUAUCACUGGUGGCGGACGCGGACUCGGGCUGACUUUCGCCAAUGGUCUGGCUCAAGCAGGGGCCAAUAUUGCAGUUAUUGACAUUGCUGCGCAGCCCAGUGACAUCUUCUCUUCGCUGGCCUAUGGAGGGAAGUAUCAAUAUUAUCGAGGAGAUGUGACGGAUUACGAGGGCUUGGGUAAAAUCAUCGAACAAAUUUCUCAUGAUUUUGGAGGUAUUCAUGGGUGUAUUGCGGCCGCGGGUGUCAUUGUUGACAAACCAUUUCUCGAACACACCCCAAGUGAUCUUGAUAUCAACCUGAAUGUUAAUGUUAAAGGUGUGUUCUACACUGUUCAGCACUGCGCGAUGCAGAUUAGAGACCAGGGGGACGGCGGCAGCAUAGUGGCGAUUGCUUCAACGGCAUCCCACAAGUCUCCCGCUGCUCAUGCGAUUGCCGCCUAUACAGCGUCUAAGUAUGCUAUCAGGGGUUUUAUAGGCCAAAUUGCGAAAGAGUUGGCCAAAUACAAAAUACGCGUGAACACUGUGAGCCCAGGCUGCAUGCAGACGGAGUUGCUGCAAAUGGUGCUCGACGAGCAUCCUGAGCGACUGCCGCUGUUUGCUGGAACUUGUGCGUUGAACAGAAUUGGGCAGCCACAGGAACUCUGCGGCAUGCUACUAUACCUGCUGUCAGACUUAGCUAGCUUUACGACAGGGCAGGACUUCAUUGUGGAUGGAUCAAGUGUAUAG